AUGUCUCAUCGUGUAAAAUAUUUAGUACCUAAAUUCGCAAAACAAGAACAAGAAUUACAUAUAAUUACAAAUCCAUUUGCUGAUGCUCAAUCACGUUUAAUCGAUGAUGAUGAUGAUUAUCAAGCACCAUUAACUUCACAUACACUUCGACCAAAUUCGAAAUGGAAUAUAGUUCGACAUAAUAUACAUAAAAUUCGUAGUUGGGGUGGUAUAAAUCUAGACAAUGUUCAUCCACAAUUACGUUAUUUGUAUAUUUAUUGGCAAGUGAGACGUGAAUUACAACGUGCACAAAACUCUAUUGAACAAAUUGAACGAUCACAUUAUACUCCUAUUGAUUAUUUUAACUUACCAACUGAUGAAACACAUAAUCGACGCUAUAAUGUUUCACAUUUACAACCUUCGAAUGCAAUAUAUCAUCCAGCUUUUCAAUCUCAACCUGUUGUCCUUCAAGCUUUACUUUAUUAUUUUUCAAAAGAAUGUGUUGUACCAUACAAUAGUGUAUUUCGACCAUUCUUAUCUGAUGUUUGUUCAAUAUUAUAUCAAGAUCGACAACGAAUUAAUCGUGCAGCUGUGUUUCGUAAAGUUGCAACAAUUAUAACAAUAGUUAUUUCUAUUUUUUUGGCUCUCAUGUUUUUUUCAUUAAUUGUUAGUGUAUUUACAACAACAUCAAAUUUACGAGCGAUGUAUAGAGAUGAUCCUGACGGAGGAAUUGAAUGGCGUCAAUCAGCAACAACUGUAGAAACAACUUUAAAGUUUUAUAAAAUUGUAAAAUGA